CCUCCACAGCAGGACAAUCCCUCCCACGCACCAAGAUUGCCAACUAUACCUAUGCCUAUUACCUAGUACCUGCAUAAGCGAUAUCGAAACAACCACAACACUACCACGCCACACCAUACCACACCACACCUACCACCUACCACCUACCUACCACCUACCACCUACCAACCAACCAACCAACCAACCAACCAACCUCCCAACCUCUCAAUCCAACCUCCCAACACCUUAAACCUACAACACAAUCAACCAAACAUGACCAACCCCCCGCAACCCAAGUCCACCUACCAAAUCCUCCCCGCGACAACCCCCACACACAUCUCCGCAAUCCGCACGCUCUUCUCCGCCUAUGCAUCCUGGCUAUCCAUCGACCUGACCUUCCAAGACUUCAGCACCGAGCUGGCUACGCUUCCCGGAAAAUACGCCUCUCCGGGCGGCGCCCUCCUCAUCGCGUACAGCGUUGACCCCUCGAACCAACAUGAACACGAACCGACCCCGCUAGGCUGCGUCGCCCUGCGCCCGCUCCCGCACCUCCCCGGAAAGCGCUUCUGCGAGAUCAAGCGGCUGUACGUGAUCCCAGAGGCGCGGGCGAUGGGGGUGGGCCGGGCGCUGGCAGAGGCGGUGGUGCAGACGGCGAGGGAGCUGGGGUAUGAGGAGGUGAGGCUGGAUACGUUGCGGAAUAUGCAUGGGCCGAGGAGGUUGUAUCAGGCGCUGGGGUUUGUGGAGGUGGGCAAGUAUUAUGAGACGCCGGUGGAGGAGGAGACGGUGUUUUUGGGGAUGGGGUUGUAGGUAUUAUUAACUUGGAAUGAGGGUGGGUGGAAUGGAUAAGAUUGGGGGUUAAUGGCCUCGUGUGUUGUGUGAGGUUGAGUGAGGGGUUCGAGAUGAGAUGAGAUGAGAUGAAAAUGUAUGAACCAUGGUACUAUAAUGAAAUAAAAUGUAAAUAGCCUAGAAUUUGACAGCUAUACACACGCCCGUCAGGGUAUAUGACAGCAAUCAUGACCGCACAGCUAUCUAAUAACAACAAAAGCAAAGAAAAGCAAAGCAAAGCAAAGCUCAGCCCGUCUCACAAACUCAGACUGUUGAGCUUGAUAUAUUGAAAUGG